CUUUUCUAUAAUAAUUCAUAAUUUUUUAGUUGAUUAAAAAAGCGGGAAUAGUAUAAAGUAAGAUUUCAUAUUUGUAAUGUUGCGAUUCAUUUAGAUUUUGUAAAAGGGUCGGAUUUCAAGUAUCUUCAGUUCCUUUGUAUUAUUGCCAAAUGAGAUUCUUAAAAAAAAUACAGAGAAACAAGCGAACAUAAUAUUGACAAGCUAAGAGUCCGUUUUCAAGAAGAAUAUAUAAAAACAUAAAAAGUCUCAAGACUUAAUUAUAUACAACAAUAGGUUAAAUUCAAUUAUAAAAAAAAUUUUCAAUACAGUUCAAUUAUGUUCCUAAAGGAUUUUUGUAAGGGUGUCAUACUUUCUUCUAUGUUUUUUACUAUAUUCGGAAGAAUGGAAGAAACAUUAAUUUUAGAAAAAGAAAUUGAAUUUUUCGAAAAUGAUACCAUAACAAUGAAAUGUGAUUUUAGUGAAAUUUUCCAAAAUUCUGAUGAAAUAGAUGUAGUAAAAGUUUUUGCAGCCAAUUUUGAAUGGUUCUUUAUUAAAAAUGGAUCUGUGACUCCUCUGUUAAAUAAUAGUAAUGAUAAAUUUGUUGAAAAUUCGAAUUUGAGGAAUUUUUAUUCAAUAUCUCAAAUAAAAAACGUGAAUGAAUCUGAUGAAGGUACUUAUGAAUGCCGAAUUAAUAUUGACGACCAAUCGCCAUAUAAAAUUAAAUACAAUACGAAAUUUCAGAAAAAUAAAGUAACUAAUAUUACUGGCAUUCAAGGUAAACCAAUACAAAUUCUCUGUGAUUUUAAGAAAAACAAAAAUGAAGGACAAAUUUUUUGGGAAUUGAACGAGAAAAUUCUAAAUAUUGAUGAACAUCCAGUAGAUCCAAAUCCAACUGGUAGAUUUUUAAGUUCUGCAAUAAAUAUAAAAAAUUUAGAUAAAGCUAAACAUGAAGGAGAAUACAAUUGUAUUUGGAAAAAUUCAAAAGGAGAAAAACAAACAAAAAUAUAUUUCCUAAAAAUAAAUUUAGACAAUGAAUUAGAUUCUAAUUCAUCUAACAAAAUUUCUGCUAGUAUUAAAAGAAUUUCUGUUACUAAUGCAGUAAUCUUAGCAGUCAUUCUUAUCAUUUUUAAUAAUGUGAUGUAAGUCACGAAAAUUUGGUUUCGUGAGUCUUUUACAUUAAAAAUUUUCAAUCACAAUUUGAUAUCUUGGUCACCAUAUUAAUUAGUGUUGCCACUAUCGUUCAAAUAUGUUUUUUUUUUUUAAAUUUUAAAAAAUUUUCAAAUAAUUGAUGUGAUUGUGACACAUCAUCGUCAAAUUGAUGACAUUCUAAGUAAUUUUCUAUUAAUUUCAAGUAUAAUAAAUUUAAUUUAAGUCCAAAAAUACCAAAAAAUACUUUUUAAAAAAUUUUAAUUAUUUUAAUUAAAUUGACAUGAGCAUAGAUAAAAAUUUUUAUACUAAGAUUUAAACCAAAAAAUUUUUUUAACAUUUAAAAAUUAUUAUUAUAACAAUUAUUAUAGUAAAAUUUAAAAUUUUUAAUUAUUUAUUGUUAAAUUGAAUAAGAUACUCGUAACUGUUGUUAUAGAUAAAAUAAAAAUUUAUGUGAUAUUAAAUGGAAAAACAAAACUGUACAGUUAAGAAAUAGACAGUUUCCAAAUGACAAGAAAAAAAUAAAUAAAUUAUUAUUCGAUUUCCUCAAAAUGCUUACAUGUCUCAAAUGCUCAAAGGACAGGCAUUACAUACUUUAAUUUUUCGCAGCAAAAAAAAAUCUCAAAAAUCGUAAUUUAAUAAAAUUUAAAUUGUUUUUCAAAAAUUUUAAUCGAAUAUGCAACAUUUUUGUCAUUUGGAAGCCUGUCGAUAAAAUAAUUUAAGAAUUUGGAUAAAGAAAUGUAGUGUGAAACUCAUUAAUUUGAAUUCUAUCAAAUUAAAAAUUAAUUUUUUAGACAAAAUUAUUAAAAAAAUAAUAUUAAAGAAGAAAAUUAUUGCAAUCGAUACGAAAUGUAUACAAAAUAUGUAUAUAAAGAAUAUUAAUGAAAUUAGUUUAAAUAUGUGCCAUAAUUAUAUAUGUAUGUAUGUGUUAUUACCUCGGCAAUUACUAAAAAUUGCAUAAAAGUUUUCACCAAUUUAACAACUAUAAGAGCGUAAUCGUAUGCGUAUGUCAAACUUCAAAGUAUGUAUGUAUAAUUUGAUUUUAGCUAUUCAUUCUUUAUACAAAUGACAAAUUUGGCUGUGUAUUUUUUUUUUUUUUGUUAUUAAGGGAAGCUAUAAUCAAUUAAUCUAAAUAAUGUCACUUGUUCGAUGAAAGUCAAAUAAAAAUUUUAAUAAACAAAUCAAAUUCAGAUAAUGCUGUAAACGUCAAAUGCUUGAAUUUUGUAAAUUUACUUAACAAAUACAAUUAUUUAUUUUUAUUUUAAUUAAAUUCAAUUUUUUUAAAUUUUUAUCAAUUUUAGUUCGAAAAUUUUAAAAUAAAAAAUAUCAAAUAAGUUUUGUCAUAAGAAUCAUACGAAAUAUUUGAAUUUCAUUUUAGUUUGAUAAUUCCGAUUAUAUAAUCACAUAAAAUAAGUAUUAAAUAACUUGGUAUUAACAAGUUUUAACAAGUAUUAAAUAUUUUUAAAUAUAUAAUACAUACUUUAGUUAGAGGGAUACGACACAUGCAUACACAUAUAUGUACCAAUUUAUAUUUAAUAAUAAACAUUGUUUUUAUUUUUAAUACUGUCCAUUUACUAUUCAACUUGGUUCUUCAACAUGUUGAAAAUAUAGCAAGUUUUCAAUAAGUAGAAUCGUUAAUUGAUAAACCAUUUGUUGGUUGAAACUUGGUUAAAGAAAAUAUUAAAAAAUUAUUUAAUUUUUGUUAGCAUAAAUUUGUAUGUUGUAUAAAAGUACAUCUGCAGUUUUAAAAAAAUUAAAUAUAAUAUUGAGGUGUUGUAGGAUCAAGUUGAAUAGUGGUUGAGCAGCAUAAGAAUAUUUUUUUUUUUUUAUACAAAAUAUAUUUAUGUACAAUUUUCUAUGUAUUGAUUACUUAUGUUUACAGUAUUUAUGUAUGUAUGUAUUUAUUUUUUAAUUUCUUUUAUAUAAACUCAUUAUUUUCUUCCUUUAAUAUCAAAUCUAUUAUAAUUUUGAAUACUCACACAUAUAUUCAAUAUGAAAUUGGCUACUAAAUUUAAAUAUAUGUUAAUUAAAUUAUUUUAUUUUCAAUAUUUUCAA